CUAAUGGGGACCCAAUUAGUGAUAUGGAUGAACUUCAAGAUCCACUGUCCCACACCCAAGAUUGGCUAGGCUAGCCAUGGAAAUGUUUGGGCCUUAACUCCUUCGAGCAAUCCCUAUAUAAAGGCCCACAGCAUCCAAAUCAGGCUCUUCCCAUCCCGAAAGGGCCAUGACCCGAAGACCCAAAUAAAUUAAAUUCCAAUCCUGGUUUUCUUCUCAAGUUAUCUUCCUUCCGUCACCGUUUCAUUCUGACCGUUCCUUGCACUUGUCACCUGUCAUUUUCUUUCUGUUGUUUGUUUCCUACCAAAAUUAAAUGCCGUCACCGUCACUUCACGUCACACAAAUGACCUCCAACACGCUGACGUUUAGUGUCUCAACAGGACCUAAUAAUCCCGAAAUUAAACGGUAUUUAACGGUAGUCGUCAUCUUUGUUGUUUCCUCUUCAAUUUCUGUCUGCCCUAGACUCCUGGCUUGUCAGAGACGAUAUUUGGCUCUCUCUCUCUUGUGGGAUUCUAUACCAAAAAGACUCAAAAAGGUAAAUCUCUCAAUAUCUCUUCUUGUUAUAUUCACUUCUUUGUUUUUCUUCUUCUGAUUAAUAGUACUAUUUUUUACUCUUCAUAGGAUUCUCUCUAGUUUCACGAGCUUUGGCUUUGAUUUGGUGAGAUUCCAACUGUUUUUGGUGCUGAAACAAGAAAACUCUUUAGUGGAUAAGGGAAGAAAAAGGUGAUUCUUUUACGAUAUUCAUCGAUGAGAUGAAGUGAAAGAUUAUUGGGCUUUUUCCUUUUUUUUUGGUUUGAUUUGUUAAGAUUAAAAUUUGUUCUUUGGACUAAAAGGGAAUACUCUUAUAGUGUCUAAGUGGGUCUUUAAAAGAUGGGAGAAGAUUUGCUCACAAGCUUGUCUAUUGAAAAUCACCACCCAUCAACAGUUUUAUCUAUGGAUUCAAGUUCAGUCUCUCAUGAGGAAUUAGAUAGAGAGAUGAACCGGUCAAUUGCUCUUUCUAGACCACCUGAUAUUAAUCUUAUUCCUCUAUCGGCUGAGCGUAGUCCUCCACAAUCAUGGAAUUCUGAUCCAUUAGAUAUGUUAGAUGUUACUCUUGGAACUCAAGUCAAUGAGGCUGAUACGUUGGUUACUGUGUCAAAAAGCGGGCGUAAAUGUGCCAAGAGAUUGGAUAGUGUUUGGGGUGCUUGGCUUUUCUUUAGCUGUUAUUUUAAGCCUGUGUUUAAUGAGAAAUCGAAAGUCAAGGUGACAAGGGACGGAAGUGGAGUUUCAGGGUUUGAUAAGUCGGAUCUUGACCUAGAGGUGUUUUUGGUACAGCAUGAUAUGGAGAAUAUGUAUAUGUGGGUUUUUAAGGAGAGGCCUGAGAAUGCAUUGGGUAAGAUGCAGUUGAGGAGUUACAUGAAUGGGCAUUCGCGUCAAGGGGAGCGGCCUUUUCCAUUUAGUGCUGAUAAGGGCUUUGUUCGAUCACAUAGGAUGCAGCGAAAGCAUUAUAGGGGUCUAUCUAAUCCUCAGUGUGUGCAUGGAAUUGAGGUUGUUCCGUCUCCCAAUCUCAGUGGUCUUGAUGAAGAAGAGCAAAAGAGGUGGAUGGAACUUACUGGAAGGGAUCUGAACUUCUCAGUCCCACCUGAAGCAAGUGAAUUUUGUACCUGGAGGAACCUUACUAACACAGAAUUUGAGCUUGAUAGACCCCUUCCUCCUUUGAAAACUCACCCACAGCCUCUUCCAAAAAAGCUGCUUAAUGGAUCAGGUUUAAAUUUGUCAACUCGGCCAUCAAACCAUGCAAACGGUAGUGUUAUGGAUCUCUCCCCUGUCAUUAACAAGAGGAAGAAGGAUUUGUUUCUAAAUGGCAACGACGAAGACUGUUGUUUGCUCAUUAAUCAGCAUAAUGAUAGGGUUAAUGAUACAGAGAUGCACCCAAUUGAACCACCUUGGUUGAAUGAGUUUAGCGGAGUAAUGAGAAAUGUUUGUGGUCCGGUUACAGCUGCAAAAACUAUUUAUGAGGAUGAACAAGGAUACCUAAUUAUCAUCAGCUUGCCUUUUGCCGAUCUUGAAAGGGUCAAAGUUACUUGGUGGAAUAAUCUGACGCAUGGUGUUGUAAAGAUAUCAUCUGUAAGCACAGCUUGCAUGCCCUUUAUUAAGAGAAAUGAUAGAACAUUCAAGCUUACAGAUCCAUCUCCUGAGCAUUGUCCACCGGGAGAGUUCAUAAGGGAAAUACCUCUACCAACCAGGAUUCCGGAUGAUGCUAAGCUAGAAGCAUAUGGUGAUGAAACAGGAACUGGUCUUGAAAUCAUAGUGCCAAAGCACCGAACAGGUCCAGAAGAACACGAGGUUCGCGUCUGCCUUCGUCCUCUCCUUGGACCAAAUGAACUAUUGCUGUCUUGACUUUCUGAGUGUGGCUUUCAUUGGAGAAUUGCAAAGAUACUGUGCGUCGAUCAGGGACUCUUUCAAGCUUCAACGUCGAAAUUCGGGUGUAUGCCACCUUAUCAUACAUGGAUGGUGUAUGGCAAGGUGAAUGCAAUCCCUCAUUUCUCCUAUAUCUUUUGCUUACUAAUAUUCUAUCAACUGAUUGCUCGUUGGCCUGAUUUUCUAGCAGAUGGAUCUAUACAUAUAUCUUUAACUUACUGAUUGAUAGAUAGACUUUGUAUUUUACCUGCCAUAUUCUUGCAUUAUAUUUCUUUCUAUCUCGACGAGCACGUUAGACC